AUGCAAAAUAACGAUUUAACUGAAAAUAAUACAUUCAAGGUCGUUUUAGAUGAUAAUGAAAAUUGGAAAUGGGUAUGCUUUGAUGAGUAUUGUAAUCGUUCUGGCAAACCAGAACGUCAAGUAAGGAUUGAAAGUAUCAAUGCCAAUCCUUUUGUGGUCGUUUAUCCACGUGAUGGUAACCCAUAUGUUGAAUUGAGUUCACAUAAAUUGAUAAAUAUUUUGAAAGAUAUUCUUCCUAGCAAGAAACUUCUUUUUGAUGAUAAUUAUAAUUACAACUCCUGUGAUGAGUCUAGUGGCUGGGAUGAUGAGUAUGCUUGUAGUGUUUGGGAUGAUGAGGAUGAUUGCCCCAAGGGUAAUGUUUCAAAACCUGAGGCCAAUGAGGGUCCUAUAUGCAAGAUCAAUGCUCGAGAUUUAUUUCAUGUUAUGAAGGAGUUAAAGAAUGCAACUAAAAGUGUGACUGAUUUAGAGUGUAGUAUCCACCUAAAACGCUUGAUCCGAUUCCUUGAACAAGAAUACAAAAAGACGAUAAAAAUUCGUAAAAAGAUGAUUGCAAAUAAAACUGUUUCGUAUGAGAUGUUAUGGGUAUUUUAUACUGAAAAUUUGGAUAUAUGGUACCGGUGCGCCAUUUCUAAGCAGCAGGUUGGAGGUGUCAUUGUCUCAGUAGAAGAUUCUGGUGUAAAUUUUAAGAUAAAUAUUAAAAUAAUCGAAUAUGAUGGCAUCGGAUUUAAGCAUUGCCAAAUAGUCCGUGAAAUCAAUCGUUUCGAUGGUGAAGUGAGCUUCUCUGAUUUGCCUGUUGUCCCAAUUGAACUUUCUAUAACUCAAGAUUUCUUAAAGGAAAAUAUAAUGACAAACGGAAAGCAAUUUUUUAAUCUUGCCUCAGGGCAUCAUUUUAUGAAGUAUGAAGGUCCGCUACUUCGUGACCGAUGUAUGUGGAUAGAGAAGAUUAGAGCUGAUGGUCGUGUAAUGGUUGACCUUCAAAGUUUUGCGACAAUGAACCCUGAUUAUCAAAUGGGCAAUGCAAAACCACCGAAUAAAUGUGACGUUAAAAUACUCAAAGAAAAAAAUACUUAUAUCGAGCAGAAUAAACUUCAUCAGGAUUCUAAUUAUUUUCUUGCUCCUGCUGUAGUAUAUGGUUUUAGUUUUACAGUAAAAGAAUGGGGCCUUUUCGAGAUAUCUAAAUUUUCAGACAUUACUUUUGAUACUGAUGCCCUUAGUCAAGUAGUAAUGCCCGAAAAUAAAAAAAGAAUGCUUGAAGGGCUAGUGAGUCAGUAUGCUGAUACAGUCCAGAAGACUAUUAGCGAUAGUCCAUUUGAGAAAUCUUUAGAUCCUAUUUCGAAUAAAGGUAAUGGAUGUAUUUUUCUUUGUUAUGGGCCUCCAGGCACUGGAAAAACCUUGACAGCUCAAAGUGUAGCUGAAUUUUUAAGACUGCCACUAUGGGUGAUUACUGUACGCGAACUUGGAUCAUCGCCUGAAAAGUUAGAAAAGGAGUUAGUUAAGAUUCUUGAUAUCGCUCAUAUAUGGAAGGCCGUCAUUUUGCUUGAUGAAGCUGAUAUUUACCUCGAAAAACGUAGCACAGUUGAUCUAACUCGCAAUACAUUGGUUGGAAUAUUUUUACGUGUCAUUUUUUUAACAACAAAUCGAGUCAUAACUUUCGAUGAUGCAGUAUGUUCUCGAGUUAGUAUGUUCUUUCACUAUCCUAAACUUGGACCAAGUGAAAGACUUCAAGUCUGGACCAACUUUAUUAAACGUGCCAGUCUCCCCCUCAAGGCGGAUGACUUUAUUAAUUACGAAUUGAACGGCCGUGAGAUUCGUAAUGUUCUUCAUACUGCACGAUUAUUGGCCAAGAAUGAAGGCAAAGAUUUGGCUUCAGACAUUGUAAUUGAUGUUAUUAAAGUUAUCCAAGAUUUUCGACAAGUAACUGAUGAAAUGGAUGUUGAUAUUUAA